AAGCAAAGAUCAACGACGGCCUUACCGGGGAGAAAGGGGAGGGGGCGGAGAGAGAGAGUAAGGAGUUUCCCCCCUCACCACCACUACCCCUACCUCUCCUCAAACAAUAUAAAAGCCAGCAGCAACAGCACCGUCGGCUCCCUGGGGGUUUUCAGCGCCGUGUCUUGACCGAGGGAGAGGGGGGGGGGACGGAGGACUGCAGCCCCAUGGACGGCUCCUUCGGUUUAUAUAGUAGCGAUGAGGAGGAAGAAGAGAUUGAAAUGUUUGAUCAUGAUUAUGAUGGUCCUCAACCAAAGUCUUGUAAACGCCAAUUAAGUAAAACACGAUGGACACGCGAAGAGGAUGAAAAGCUGAAGAAACUCGUUGAACAACAUGGAACAGAAGAUUGGAAAGUUAUUGCCAAUUUCCUCCCUAACCGGACUGAUGUGCAGUGCCAACACCGAUGGCAAAAAGUUCUAAAUCCUGAACUCAUUAAAGGUCCUUGGACAAAAGAAGAAGAUCAAAGGGUAAUAGAACUUGUGCAAAAAUAUGGUCCAAAGCGCUGGUCUGUUAUUGCAAAGCACCUAAAAGGGAGAAUAGGAAAACAAUGUCGAGAACGGUGGCACAAUCAUCUGAAUCCUGAAGUGAAAAAAACUUCCUGGACAGAGGAAGAAGACCGAGUUAUAUAUCAAGCACAUAAAAGACUUGGAAAUAGAUGGGCAGAAAUAGCAAAGCUACUUCCUGGAAGGACUGAUAAUGCUAUCAAGAACCAUUGGAAUUCCACAAUGCGUCGUAAAGUAGAGCAAGAGGGCUACCUGCAGGAGUCUUCUAAAACAAGCCAGCAGCCAGUUACAACAAAUUUUCAAAAAAAUAACCUUAUUUUGGGUUUUCCACAUACUCCUCCAUCUACCCAGUUAUCAACCAGCCAACCCCAAGUCAAUGGUGACUAUGCAUACUUUCAUCUUCCUGACCCACAAGAGAUUUCCAAUCAGAUGCCCUACCCGGUUUCUCUGCAUGUGAAUAUGGCCAAUGUUCCCCAACCAGCCACUGCGGCUAUUCAGAGACACUAUAAUGAUGAAGAUCCUGAAAAAGAGAAAAGAAUAAAGGAAUUAGAGUUGCUACUAAUGUCGACUGAAAAUGAACUGAGAGGGCAGCAGGCAUUACCAACUCAAACUGCUGAUUACACUAGCUGGAAUGGUACUGUAGUCAUUGAUAAUGCAGGAGCUCACAACAGGAGCCUGGCCAUUACUUGCCUCGGGGAGCAUCGACAACCCGGACAUCCACCUCAUAUGGAUCUUGGUUCCUUGCCUGAAGAAAGUGCAUCACCAGCAAGAUGCAUGAUUCAUCCUAAUGGAAUACUCUCACCUUUGAGAAGUGCUCCACAUUCUGAUUACACAGAAGCACUUCAACUCCUAGACUCAUUUUUAAAUACAUCUUCAAGUGAUCACCUAGAAGUGGAAUCUCCUGCAUUAACCUCUACACCAGUGUGGCAAUCAAAAGGUUGUUUAACUCCUCUACAUCGUGACCAAACACCUAAGACUCAAAAAGAAAAUGAUGCUUUCAGAACUCCAAAUAUCAGAAGAUCAAUAUUAGAAGGCUCACCUAGAACACCCACACCCUUUAAAAAUGCACUUGCAGCCCAAGAAAUCAAAUAUGGAUCCUUGAAAGUGCUGACACCAUCUCAUCUUGCUGAAGAUAUACAAGAUGUAAUUAAGCAAGAGACUGAUGAAACUGAAAUUAUAAAUAGUUUUCAUGAAAAUGGCCAGCCACUUUUAAAGAAAAUUAAGCAAGAAGUGGAGUCUCCUGAUAAGAAAAUGAGGAAGUUUUUUACAUUGGCACCAUGGGAAAGAGAACACUUGAAUACUCAGCUUUUCUCCCAAAGUCCUUUAGAAGAAGUACCUAUGCAAAAUCUCCUGACUAGUUCUGUAUUAAUGAUGCCUGUAUCAGAGAAGACAGAUGAUAUUCUUAACAAAGCAUUUACUGUACAAAUGAGCAGGCAAAUGAACAGUCCUUUACAGUUUGUGAAUACUUGGGAGGCUGUGGCAUGUGGAAAAACUGAAGAUCAACUUAUUGUAACUGAGCAAGCACGGAAAUAUAUGAACACCUUCUCUGCCAGAACAUUAGUUAUGUAAUCUUCUCCAACUAAGCAUUAAGAAGUUUUGAAACACUUGCUGUUGAGUCAUGAUCAACAUUUCUUCUCAUUAAUUUCCAUUGAUGUAGUCUUAAAAAAAUGUUGUCCUACAAAAUACAGAAUGUCACAAAUUGCAUUCUUCACUAAGUAGGUUUCGCUUGCAUUUGUCAGAUAUUUCACCAGUCAAAAAGACAAAUAUCAGAUUUACUUACAUUACAAGAUGCUUGAAGUUACAAAAACGACUCUAUAUUUAACAAAAAAAUGUUGAAUUACUAUUUUCAAAUAUGGAGAGCAAAUUGGAACAUAUCAGUAUUUCUUUUGUAUUGGUGGCAGAUAAAGCAAUUGAUCUUCACAAGUAUUUGAUUGAUUGCUGUAAUUUAAACCUGUAAGUUAAUAAAUUAAAUUAAAUGCACUGAUGACAAAAUAGAGAUAUAGCAUUACUACAAACCAAAUUAGAUUAAAAAAUGUCAAGCUUUCGAAUAUAUAAAAUUGGGUUUGAAGUAUUGUUUUUGUUUGCUCUUUUUUGGUCUGAAUUCGAGCCAUAUAUUAUAUAUACAUACACACACACAUAUAUAUUAUAUAUGUGCACGUGUGUGUGUAUUUGUGUGUAGCUUGCAUAAUACUGAUACUGUAUGUAAAAAAAAAGGUUUUAUGUAUGAAAAAUGUAUAUUUUAUUCAAUAAGUUAAUUUUGUAAAUGCCAAAUGGAUAAUGUUGUGCUGCUAAUAACUUUAGCAUGUAGACGUGCUGCAUGAAAUGGGCAGUGGAGUUAUCAGAGAAAAUGGUGUUAACUGAUCAAAAAUGCACUGGUAGCUAGUAUUUUUUAAAAACCUAGCAUUUUCAAAUACAAACUUUUUGGGAAGUGAAAUAUUUUGUCUUAUAAUGACAAAAUGCAUAUGAUGCACCUUUUGUAUUGUGGGAGAACACUGAUAUAUUCACUAAUUUUUUUACUUUUGUCCCAUUCAUUUCAUAUUUAACUCAAGGCACUAGCCCAGAUGUACUUUCAAUUCAUUGAACAACACAUGCAAGAAGUCUUGGCUUUAUUUUACUGCCAUAUCAAAUGCCUCUGGCAUACAUGUACUAAACACUUUGUUUUAAAACACAAUAGGUGAUUGUCAAAAUGUGCUGCCUUGCUAUCAGCUAGGUGCAAAUCAACUGCACUUACUUCUUGACUAUGUUGUAUAUCAACUGCCAUGUACAUAAAAUAAACUGUU